CGACCUUUUGGAGCUUCAAAAUAGCUUCAAUUGACACUGAAGCUUGUGAUAUUAUAUAUCUAGAGCUAAUAUUGUACCACGCACACCCGGCCGCCCAAGAUGACUACCAAUGUCGCCCUCGAGACCUCCAUGGGCACCAUAAUCCUCGAGCUCUACAGCACCCACGCCCCCCGAACAUGCACCAACUUCCGCACCCUCGCGCAGCGCGGCUACUACGACGACUGCGUCUUCCACCGCAUAAUCCCGAACUUCAUGGCGCAGACGGGCGACCCGACGGGCACCGGCCGCGGCGGGACCUCCAUCUACGGCGAGAAGUUCGAGGACGAGAUCGCGCCUGACCUGCGGCACACCGGCGCGGGAAUCCUGAGCAUGGCCAACGCCGGCAAGGAUACCAACGGCUCCCAGUUCUUCCUGACGCUGGCCCCGACCCCGUGGCUCGACGGCAAGCAUACCAUCUUCGGCCGUGUGAAGAGCGGACUUGCUGUUUUGAAGCGCUUGGGUAUGGUGAAGACGGGUGCUGAUGAUAGGCCUGUCGAGGAGGUAAAGAUUAUCAGGGCGAGGGUGCUUGAUGAUGAGGAAACCGUCUAGUAACCAGACUUUAAAUCAUACUAGUCGCAUUUAUCGCGAGGAUAUAGAAUAUGGUCACGGGGAUGUAUGAUAUGCAUAAGUUGGCGUUUUGGAGUUCGAAAAGGCUU